AUGACACGUUUGUGUCGGCUUAAGUUUCUUGAUUUAAGUUUCAACAACUUCGGAGAAGAGGUUCCUGUCUGGUUUGGGUUUUUACAUCGACUUCAAUUUCUAAGUCUUUGGAAUAAUAGUUUCAUUGGAUCUAUUCCCUCUUCAUUUGCUAACAUUUCCACACUUGAAUCCCUCGACUUUAGAUCCAAUUCCAUAGAGGGCCAGAUACCAAAAGAGAUUGGAAACCUUAAAAACUUGAGGUUAUUAGGAUUGACUAAAAACAAGCUCACAGGUUCCAUCCCUGUGUCACUCUUGAAUGCCACAAGGUUGGAGACGUUAAGAAUCUCUCGCAAUUUCCUUCAAGGAAACAUCCCAGAAGGGAUCGACAAUCUUCACAACUUGAACCUUUUGGCCAUAGAAAAUAAUUGGCUUACAGGUUCUAUACCUAUGUCAGUUUCCAACAUUUCUAAACCUGAAGUGAUUGCAUUUACAAACAAUAGCUUAUCAGGAAGUCUUCUCAAUGGUUUAUGCAAUGGUCUUCCAUUACUCAAAGAGCUUUAUCUUUCCACAAACAAGCUUUGUGGUCAUAUGCCUACAAGCUUGUCAAAUUGUUCAGAACUUCAAAUAUUGUCUUUAUCAGAAAAUGAAUUUGAUGGACCAAUUCAUAGUGAAAUUGGAAGUCUACGAACUCUACCAUCAAACAUAUGUUCUGUCUUACCUAACAUCGAAAGACUUUAUCUUGGUAAAUUAACCAAUCUUGUUGGGUCUAUUCCUCAUUCUAUCUCCAAUUGUUCGAAGCUUACUCUUCUCGAGCUUUCUCAAAACAAGCUCACAGGCUUGAUUCCCAAUUCUCUUGGAUCUUUGACUCAUCUACAGACCCUAAACUUGGAGGGAAACAAUUUAAUGAGCGACUCAUCGUUAAGAUUCCUGACUUCCUUAACAAACUGUAGAGAUUUAACAUUUCCUUCUGUAUCUUUGAACCCACUAAAAGGCAUGCUUCCACUUUCCGUAGGUAACCUUUCGACAUCUCUUACAAAACUUUUGGCCAGGGGUUGCAAAAUUAAAGGGAGAAUUCCAAAUGAAGUUGGAAACAUAAGCAGCUUAAUAUACCUUGAUCUUUCUACUAAUGACUUGGUUGGAUCAAUUCCCACAUCGAUUGGCAACUUGAUAAACCUUCAGGGUAUCACCUUGAGUAACAACAAACUUACAGAAAUAAUUGUAGAUAAUAUAUGUAAAUUUCACCGUUUGAGUGUUAUUUACUCGGGUCAAAAUCAGCUUUCAGGAUCACUUCCUAAUUGUUUAGGGAACGUUACUUCCCUUAGGGAGAUAUAUUUGGGUUCCAAUAAAUUGAGUUCCAAUAUACCAGCAAGCUUAGGUAACCUUAAGGAUCUAAUGGUUCUUGACUUAUCAUCAAACAACAUGGAUGGUUCUUUACCUUCAGAAAUUGGAAAUCUAAAGGCUGUAAUACAGAUGGAUUUGUCAAUGAAUCAAUUUACAAAUGGCAUUCCUAGAGAAAUUGGAGGCUUGCAAAAUCUGGUGAACCUUUCUUUCAGACACAACAGGUUGCAAGGAUCUAUACCUGACUCAAUGAGCAACAUGGUAGGUUUAGAAUUCCUAGACCUUUCUCAUAAUAAUAUAUCAGGAACCAUUCCCAAGUCUCUUGAGAAACUUCAAUACCUAAAGUAUUUCAAUGUCUCUUAUAACAUGUUGUAUGGUGAAAUCCCCUCUGGGGGUCCUUUCAAGAACCUCUCAAGUCAGUUUUUUCUCUUCAAGGAAGCAUUAUGUGGUUCGACAAGAUUUAGUGUCCCGCCAUGCCCCACUUCUGCAAAGCAUAGAUCAAAUAGGAAAAAAAUGCUAGUUCUAUUUCUUCUACUGGGAAUUGCACUGGUAUUUGUUCCUAUCACCUUUGUGCUUGUAUGGAUAAGGUAUAGAGGAGGUAAAAGAGCUCCUCAACAAGCUGAUUCAUUGUCUAUUGCAACAAGACGAAGAAUUUCAUAUUAUGAACUGCUCCAAGCAACUGAUGCGCUUAGCGAGAGCAAUCUUAUUGGUUCUGGGAGUUUUGGCUCUGUCUACAGAGGCAUACUCGGAAGUGGGACUCCUAUUGCAGUUAAGGUGUUCAAUCUUCAAUUGGAAGCGGCAUUCAAGAGUUUUGAUACAGAAUGUGAAGUUUUGCGCAACCUUCGCCAUAGGAAUCUCACAAAAGUCAAUCACUAG